GGCAGGGAGAGCUCUUUGCCUGACCUCGAUGCCGGACGCCAACACUGUUUGCCAUGCUCUAUCCUCUGCUCUCACACUCAUCCUCACAGCCGAAGAGCACUCUCACACCCAGCGGCCGGCCUUCCCACCAGCAGUCGUCCUCUAUCUGACGCUACGAUCUGCGGGUAAGGAACCUCAUCUUCGAUCCUACACGACUCCCGCGCGCUCGCGCAACGAUUCGAGGUCCAACCCCAAGCUGGUGUUGGAUUGCGCAGUUCUCCUCGCACGUGAACGAGAUUGCAGUUGAGCAGAUAAGACUCUCCUGCAGAGGGGUUCUGCAUCCAUCAUUGCACCACCAAAUCUCUCGAGCUAGACAGCACACUGCGGUCUGCUGCAAAUCAGUCAAGCGUCAACAUGGUGCGCACAGUCACCUUCGAAAUCAGAUGGCACGAGACGCAGCCUAUCUACUCUUGCAACUUUCAGCCCAUCUCCACUUCUCACUUGCGUCGUGUCUUGGACCACAAUGCAGCACAAGCAGCAGGCUUGGCCCCAGGCAAAACGCUCGAGCAUGCGUCAGGAAGCAACACCAGCACGGCAAGUGUCUCUACACGGCCGACUGCUGCGUCUACAGCCAGUGCAUCCGCACCUUUAACGUCACGCACUCAAUUACCUAUCAUGGCUGGAGGCCAGAGCUGGCGCUUCGCUACUGCCGGAGGUGAUAACACUGCUAGGCUCUGGCAAGUGCACCCAAAUAUACCAUCACCUGCUGCCCUAGCCGCGGCAGCUGCUGCCAGUGGAGGAGCAUCGUUGCCAGCUCCCCAUCCGCCGCGAGUCGAGUAUCUUGCCGCGCUCAAACGACAUUCCGGAGUGGUCAACUGCGUUCGCUUCAGUCCAAAUGGAGAGCAGCUCGCGACAAGUGGAGAUGACGGCACUGUCAUCUUCUGGGCCCAGAGUGAUCACUCAGCAACGACCUUCGGAUCGACUAGUAUUGGAGCUCUCGACGACGACCCCGACGCCGAAUUUGCGAAGGAACACUGGUCCAUCCGAAGGAUCGCCCGUCCUAGCGCCAGUGAGAUCUACGACCUCGCUUGGGCACCUGAUGGCGAAGCAAUCGUUGUUGGUGGGACAGACUUUGUCGCUCGCAUUGUUAAUCCGCACGACGGAUCCAUUGUCCGCGAAAUUGCGGAACAUAGCCACUACGUGCAGGGAGUCGCAUGGGACCCUUGGAAUGAGCUGAUUGCUACUCAGUCCUCGGACCGCAGUGUUCAUGUGCAUGCGUUGCUACGGCUUCACCAUGCUGAAGCAGCUACCGGCACAAUUUCCGGCACCAACACCAUCAGCAGGAACUCGCGCAUGGAUAUUCACCGCAGACAGGGCAGCGGCAGCGCGCAAGGGAGCACACUGAUUUCAAAUUCUUCCUACAGCUCUAACUCAGGCUCAUCUCACGUCUCACAUGGCUUCGUUUGGGACCCCACAGCCAAGCCCCCUAUGAGGCGAGCAAGUAGUCACGCCUCGCAUGCUAGUGCGAGCGAUGACGACAGGAGAGAAGGCAGUGCAGUGCUCCAUCAAAGCAGAGUCACUAGCGUCAGCACUCCCAACAGCGCCGGCCCUAGCAAAGCAUUCGACCGCACUCGCAAUGGUCGCAGCGCUACACCUCACGAUUUGGCUGCACUGCCAAACGCCAUCAGCAGCGCAGGCAUCCGCUCCGCUACCCCUACGCCGGUUGCCGUGCCUCCUAGUCCGGCGAUCUCCACCAGCGGAGCCUCCACAUCGCAUGCGAUGAACCCACCUCAAACAACACCUUCUCGUCGUUCCAGCUUCAGCGGAUCGCAAGCCGAGACGAUGUCCCCCAUGACUAGCACAACAUCUUUGGCACCAGCAUCAGUCAUGGGUGCCAGUGCAAACAGCAACAAAGCCACUCGACGGAGCAUGUCCCGCACUCGAGCUGCUGCGGCUGCAUCUGCCACGCGCAGUCCUUCACCUGUUCCCCCACUGCCUGCGAUCAGAGCGCCGCCUUCACCAAAGCAACGGCUUGCACAAGCUUCGGCCCAGGGCUCUCUGGCCCGUGUCGGCAUGCGCAUGUACGGCGACGAAAAUUUCAGCGGCUUCUUCCGGAGGCUAGCCUUCUCUCCGGACGGUGCUUUGCUGGUCACACCUUCUGGCAUCUUUGAUGCGCCUCCGAUGACUCCGAGCAGCCCCACGAUGGCAAUCGCGAGCACGAGCAUCAGUGCCCGUCGAGGUUCCGAAGCUGCGCAAGACGCUAGAGCUAGUCCUGCGCCUCGUGCGAGCCCAGUGCCAACCGGAUUCCCACCCUCUUUGGCACCCGUACCAGCGCCUCUUGCCCCCCGCAGCACCGUGUACAUGUACGGACGCGCAAAUCUUCUCAAGAGCAACGCACCUCUUGCACACUUGCCCGGUCACAAGACAGCAAGCCUGGUCGUGUCGUUCAGCCCUAUGCUGUACGAGCUUCGCAGCAACGGGGGCAGGUCCUCGAUCCACACGUCGGCUGGACCCAACGGUGGGGACCAUGACGGUGGAAUGUUGCCGCAUCCAACGGUCCCUCUUGAAGUCGGCAAGCAGAAGACGGUGGCGUUGCAAAGCGCUGCUAGCGCAGCUGGUGGGUCUGCAAGCAGCACGGACGUUCAUAACUUGGCAGAUGUCGAAGACAAGAAUCAAAAAGCCGUGGCAGAUGGCGCCAAUCAGGGCAUCUCUAUGAUUGGUCUGCCCUACCGAAUGAUCUUUGCAGUCGCGACUCACGACUCGGUAUGGAUUUACGACACACAACAAGGUGGUCCCCUUUGCUGCUUCUCUAACAUGCACUAUGCCAGUUUUACGGAUCUUGCUUGGUCGCCCGAUGGCCAAACCCUCAUGAUGUGCUCCACAGACGGCUAUUGCUCUGUGGUCGUCUUCGAUUACGGCGAGCUGGGUGCCCCUAUCGCCCACACACAGCAACCUUGUCUGCAGAAGGCGGCCUCGCAAAAUGCGCACGCUGCUGGCGCUGGACCUGCAGCGAUGGCUCCGAGCAGCUCUUCCAGCGGUGUGUCGAGCGCACACAAGCGCAGUGCAAGCGGAUCGAUAUCAGCGUCCACGCCGCAUCAUGUGACUUCGGCACUCGGACUCGGACUUGGAGAUGCUAUCGAUAGCAGUCAUACCGCGUCACCUCUUUCUAGCACCACCAAAGGGGCGAGCGAUGUGGCAGGUGACGCAAGCGACGGGCAGUCCAAGAAGAAGCGAAGGGUUGCUCUGACGCUGGAAGGUCCUUUGGGAGGCCGGUGAAACUCUCUUGAAACUCUCUCCCCUCUUUCCCCCC